GCGCACGGUGACGGCCUGGGCGCCAUGUUGGAGGCUUGCUGAGCCCGCCGCGCCGUGUGUUUGUGCCGCUGCCGGUGCCUGUUUCCUGUACGGGGCGGGGGGCAGGAGGCGGGAGCGGCGCAGAGAGGGGGCAGCGGCGGACCAUGGACGUCGAGAGGCUGCAGGAAGCGCUGAAAGAUUUUGAGAAGAGGGGGAAGAAGGAAGUGUGUCCAGUACUGGAUCAGUUUCUUUGUCAUGUUGCCAAGACUGGAGAGACAAUGAUUCAGUGGUCUCAGUUUAAAGGCUAUUUUAUUUUCAAACUGGAGAAAGUGAUGGAUGACUUCAGAACCUCUGCACCUGAACCAAGAGGGCCCCCUAAUCCCAAUGUGGAAUAUAUUCCCUUUGAGGAGAUGAAGGAACGAAUCCUGAAAAUAGUCACUGGAUUUAACGGUAUCCCCUUUACUAUUCAGCGACUUUGUGAGUUGCUGACAGAUCCAAGGAGGAACUAUACAGGAACAGACAAGUUUCUUAGAGGAGUGGAAAAGAAUGUCAUGGUUGUCAGCUGUGUGUACCCAUCUUCAGAGAAAAAUAAUUCCAAUAGUUUAAACAGGAUGAAUGGUGUUAUGUUUCCAGGAAACUCACCAGGUUAUUCAGAGAGAUCUAAUAUAAAUGGUCCUGGAACUCCUAGACCAGUAAAUCGACCGAAGGUUUCCUUGUCAACUCCUAUGACAACAAAUGGUUUGCCUGACAGCACAGACAAUAAAGAAUCAAACUUGCAGCAAAAGGAAGAAAAAAACCUCAGUGAAUUACCAGCAUCUGAAUCAGAAGGUACUCAAGGCAGCCCUGUAAAAAAUAAGCACCCUGAAGAUGAUCCUGUGGAAGCAGAAGGACAUGAAGUAAAAAGACUUAAAUUUGACAAAGAAGGGGAAGCAAGAGAGACAUCUAAUCAAACUGCCUCCAGUGAAGCCUCUUCAGUCAUGGCAGAAGAGACUGAAACAUCUUCUACACCUCAGGAUAAAGAAAAAGAUACUAGCUGUACCAGACAGCAUUGUACAGAGGAAGAGGAAGAAGAGUCCUUCAUGUCCCCAAGAGACGUUGCUCCAGAAAGGAAAGAUCAAGAAAAAGACACUGAAUCCUUAACUGUGAAUGAAGAGAUCUCUGAGGAGAACAAUCAAAUGGAGGAAUCUGACCAGUCUCAAGUAGAGAGUUUAUGUUCUGAAGACAGUGAAAAUAGUGGAUCUGUCAUUAGGGGAGCUGACUGCAGUGAAACUGAAGAUUUAGGAUCAUAUGCCAGUGAAACUCCUGAAACUUCAUCAGAGACCCCUAUGGAAAACAGUGAUGAAGCCACAGAAGCUGCAGAAGAACCUAUGGAGCAAGACUAAUAAUUUAAAUACACUUAGAUGCAGUAUUUUCCAUAAGGCUCUGGUUUUACACUGUAUAAAUAAUUUUAUGUAAUAAAGUGGACCUUUAGUUUUACAAGAGAAGCAGGUUGUAAAAUAAACGUCUCCAUGGAUCGAACCUGAAAGAGUCGUAAUGUUAAGAACUGUGAAUACCAGCUCCUUCAGGUCCUGCUUACCGCUGACUUUUUGGUUGGUCAAAUCAGUGGUGUUGUGUAUAGUUUUUUUUUUUUUAUUAUUUAGAAUAAAAGUUUUUAAACUGGAAGGUAAUAAUUAUAAUUUUGACAACUUUUUGGAGAUUACCACAUUUAGUUAUAUGUACGCAAGAAAGCUUUUUGUCUUGUCUUUCUCUGACAGCUAUAGCAGUUACUUCACAUUUUGGUUACAGUUUCAACAUUAACAUGUGAAUUAUAGGGUUCCAUGCUGGUUUCCAGACUUUUAUUUGACUACACACUAUGGAACCUUAAAUUGUGUUUAAAAUGUUACUUUAUACACUCUCUCUCUCUCUUCUUAGGGGGAAAUGUUAUAUUUUUCUGUUUCUACAAAAGAUGAAUGCAAUGUACACUUUUUCUAUUGGAAAAGACUGAGUUCACCUCUCAAGGCAGUUUUUUGCCUCUGAAUAAACCAAAUAAAAUCUGGCCCAUAUGGAACACUGGAAAUCUUAGCAUUGUUGGAAACACCAGGGGAAACACAUUCCAAGAAAACUGUUCAGACUACAAUACUUUUAUAUACUUCUGAGGUGCCUGAGUGAAAGGAUUUCAUUUAUUUAUGAGAAAAUGUGCUUUAUGUGGAGAAUGGAGUAAUCAAAACUUGAUCUUAAACUUUUGUAGGUGGAAUGUUUGCAAACCUAAUAAAAUCUCAGAAAAAUUGGACAGCUACUUGCCGUUUGAAUGCUUCUCAGAGCAUUGUGAAUAUUAGAGAGGAGUUUCUUUCAAAAUUCUAAUGUAGGCAAAUGUCAUUGAUAUGGUACACCACUGUAUUGGAAGAAUUAAUAUAUUACCUUAGUUAUGUACCUGAGCUAAAUAACUAAACGUUUUAGGGGUGCAUAGAAAUCACCAUAAUUUGUAUAACAUUUUGGAAGUGAACUAAAUAUUUUUGAACAUGCUACUUUGACAGCCAGUGUUACUUUUUUUUUUUUUUUUUUUAAACCAGCUCAAAGCACAACUACUGCUUUAAACUCACAAUGUUUUCAAAUUCUCAUAUUUAAAGACCUGCAACCUCCCAGUCACAAUUACUGGCUGCCAAAUUUAUACCUGUUAAUUCAACUGUAUCUUUUUGAUAUUUAGAGUUUUUAAAUUUCUGUAAAGUAGACUUUUGUAGAUUGUAAUGAGUGCUCACUGCCAUUGUGAAACGGUAUAUAAUUGUAUAAUUUCUGUGUGUAAACUGAAUGCUUGGGCUUUCAAUACAGUAUUCAUAUAAAGCAAUAAAUAUUAAUGUUAUAAAAUAUUUGAGUACAUUUUUAUCACAAUAUAAAAGGAUCCCAUUUUUUAGUUGAAGUUCAGAUUCCUGAAGUACAAAAAUGACCUCCAAAAACGCAUGCUGCUAACAGUUUCUUGUUCUAUGUGGUAUGCUUUAUAUAUACGUUUGGGGAAAUACAGGUUUUGAAUAAUACCAGAAUAAUUUGGCUCAGUUUGUAUCUUUGUAAGGUAAUGUACUACUUACUGACUUUGCUUGCCUAUCAAGUUCAAAGCAGACAGGAUGUAUUCAGGGGAGAGGCUUGUUUAUAAAAUAAAAUAAAAAAAAUCCUAUUGAUUAGUGUUCCCUAGACAGAAUGGAAAUCAAACAUUAACAGCUUGUUUUCUUUAAUUGUGCUGAAGGGUUGGAUAUGUAUCAUAAAAAUGAAAGGACUGAACCAAAAUGUUGGAAUUAGGAAAGUUUUUCAAAAAUGACGUAACAUAGUGACAUCUUACCUUUUUUUUGUUUUUUGGAAACUUUUUUUGGAAAUAUUUUGCCAAUGAACAAAAUUUUAAAAUUUUUAAGUUUAGAUAUUUCUGAAAUUUUCUUUAGAAUGUUUAUUUGUGAAAAUAUUGUCAAUAAACCUAUUCUUUAAGCA